CUAUCUACACGCAAACUAACAUACAGCGCUUGGCUUGAUUACAGCUGCGGUGUAUUAGUAGCUCCUUCAUACUUUAAUGAUUCAUCUGUCUAUUCCUGAGGGUCACAGAAUUAACCCGGGGAUUGUUUUGGUGCUGAGACGUUUGCUGUUCUGAAGUUUCAUUACAACUUAUUUUCCUGUUUAUUUAGCUUUCUCUAUAUUUUUUUUGUUGUCAUGAAAUUAACUUGAACUUAUUGAACAGCUAAUAUAACUUCUGUCAAGGAAAUAUAUUUUAUCUCUCUCCAAUCGGACUGCAAUAACUAUGAUGAACAAGAACGGGAUGGUGACGAAGAUUCACACGAGAAUUAGGACCGAUCCUUUCACGAGCAAUUAUGAGUUGCUUGGCAGAGAAUUGGGCAGGGGAAAGUUUGCUGUGGUGAAGAAGUGCAUUGAAAAGGCGACAGGGAAGGAGCACGCUGCCAAGUUCUUGAGGAAGCGUCGGAAGGGCGAGGACUGCCGCAUGGACAUCCUCAACGAGAUCGCUGUUCUGGAGUCCGCCAAGGCUAACCCUUAUGUGGUGGCGCUGCAUGAGGUCUACGAGACCAACUCUGAGAUCAUCCUCAUCCUCGAGUGUGCUGCCGGUGGAGAGAUCUUCAACCAGUGUGUGGCGGAGAACGACGAGGCCUUCACAGAGAAGGAUGUGAUCCGGUUGGCCAGACAGAUCCUCACCGGCGUGGCCUGUCUGCACCGCAACAACGUGGUCCACUUGGACCUGAAGCCCCAGAACAUCCUGCUGACCAGUGCCAUCCCACUGGGUGAUAUCCGCAUCGUGGACUUUGGCCUGUCCAGACGCAUGGACAGUGUGACAGAAGUCCGAGAGAUCCUGGGCACCCCGGAGUAUGUGGCUCCAGAGAUCCUGAACUAUGAACCCAUCAGCAUAGCGACAGACAUGUGGUCCAUAGGGGUCCUGACCUACGUCAUGCUGACGGGCGAGUCUCCGUUCCUGGGGGACAACAAGCAGGAGACCUUCCUGAACAUCUCCCAGAUCAACGUGGACUACACCCAGGAUGCCUUCGAGGGCGUCUCCUCCCUCGCCAUUGACUUCAUCAAGACCCUGCUGCUCAAAAACCCCAGGAAGAGAGCCACUGCAGCAGAGUGCCUUAACCACCCCUGGCUGAAUGGACCAGCUGACCUUUACACCCAGCUCCAUGCCAGCUCUCUACCCUCAUUGGACGAGCCUGAGACCAGCCAGUCAGAGUCUGAGCCUGAGAGCCCGGCACCCUCCCCAGAGCUGGAGAGCAUGGGUUCGUAUCUGAUGUGCCCCGGUCAGGUAGACCUGAAGACGGGCCGCAAUGCCUUUUCCUUCACUUCUGAGCCCUUCCCCGCACUGCCAGAGAUCCAACAGGAGCUCAUCUGCUGAGGAAGGGCUCCACUAGACACUGUGUGUAGUGACUGACUGGACUGCUGUCACAGAAUGGACACUGUCUGGAAGCCAGUGAGACCUGGUCUGGUCCUACGCAGGGCCUCCAGCUCUGUUAGACUCUGUAUGUGUGCUGCUGCUACUACUGCGAUGGAUGUGUGAUAUCUGUCUGAGCUCAGCUGACUGUGUGCAGUAAAUCCAUGCGUGUUUGAUGCAUGUUACCCUGUGCUGAUUAGUGUGCUGAUGCGUGGUGUCUGGUAAUGGGCCACACUGACACACUUUAAUGCAUCUGCAGCGAGGGUACUGUAGCUGUAUGAGUGCUGUGAAUGGAAGGAGUGGGCCAGUUCUUUGUGCUCGGCUAUGAAGACUAGAACAGUGGGACUGACUUCAUCCAUCACUUGGUCUGGUCUGCUCUCUGUGACUCCUACUUUGUCCCAGGCUUGGGUUGAUCCCACGUUGGCCCUCAACCUGGCUCUCACCUUAGCUGCCCUUCACGUUCCACUCCCUAACUGACCUUUAAACCUGUACUUCUCCUCUCCUUUGUGAGGAUGUAACUGCUCACCCUGAGAGGAAAUGACGUUGGCCAACAGGAAGUUGGAACCACUUUGCUUUUGUUGAGGUCUGAGCCUUAAAAUGCCUUUCAUGAUGAUGUUGAUUAUGAAGGAUGCCUAUGUGGUUAGACUGAUGUCCCUAGAUGAGAUGCUGCCUACGCAGCAAAGGAAGCCUAACUGAGGGACUGUGUUCGGGGAGUGUCCUCACAGAAACCAGUCAGAAGGGUUAAAUAGUCCUCUGAUUUUGUUUGUUCAUAUGACUACUUCAGGCCCCCAAAAACAUGGAAAGCCAUCUCAAUCACCAAUCUAAUUAAAUCACAUCCUUUGUUUACAUACAUUUACAUUUAAGUCAUUUAGCAGACGCUCUUAUCCAGAGCGACUUACAAAUUGGGGUUAAGUGGUAAGGACAAUCUUGAUGUCAAUUUAAAGCACUUUUUUUAAUUGUAAGAAUGAACUACACACAUGGUCAGAAAGUAAUAACCAAAGUCUUGAUGAAAUGGCUCAAAAAACACAGUUUAGUUGAAUGAUUAAUUAAGACACAAAUGUACAUGGCCACUUCCCACCAUCUGUUGUUUAAUAUAUUUGCAUCACUCGUUUCCACCAAGUGCCAUAUAGUUCACCUGUUGUGUUUCUGUUUAUUCUUGUGAGAUAAAUUUUUUUUGCUAUUGUUGCACAAUUUCCAUGUACUCAUGUUUGAAAUAUCAGUUUGCCAUGUUGGAUAUGUCACAAUAUAUUUCCCUUUCUUCAGGCUUUGUGAACCCAAUGUCUUUUUUUUGAAGAGGAAGUGACUAGGAUUCAAUGAUUUGCAACCAUUUGAAAGGCUUUGAAGAAAGCUCCUUUUGGAUAUGUGGUGUUUGAGUGAAGAUCACUUUCUCUUGAGGGCUUCUCAAAAAGUACUGAAGUGUAUAUUGUUUGAUAGUGUAAGAAUAAUCUGUAAAAUAUUUUAAUAUCCAUAAUGUGUGAACAUUUUAAUAAUUAUUGUAUGCCUCCUUUUUUGUUUAUUUUUUUAUCUUGACUCUGUACUUAUGACUUUCAUUCCUGGUUACUGCUCAUGGAAUUUCAGGCAGGUUUGCACUUGUGUCCAGGUGGACGUUACAUUGAAAUGAAUAAAUGUUGAUGGCAUGCCUCGCAAAAAUUUAUCGAAGAACAAUAAAUGUACAUUUUGUAUUAAACUAUUCAUCUUGAUGAAUUUA